UCAAGGACACAAUACACAAAUAGGUCAAGAAAGAUUAUUUUUCCAUUCAGAAAAAGAGGAAAAUAUCUGGAACUUAGUGAGAAGGAAAAGGUUAAUUGGAUGGGCACAUAGGACAGACAGUAAUCCUUGCGUUGCCCUGGGAGGAAGAAAUGGGCUUAAAUCAAAGCAUCACUAAACAAGGGAUCACACAUAUUUUUGACCUUCUCAAGAAUAUCAGUGGUGGAAAAGCUCAAUAGGUGUGCCUAUCAUGGAAGAUGCAGACUUCAAAUCGCAAGUGAUUAUGCAGGAAAGAAUCCACUCCAGAGAAAACAGCAUACAAAUUAUCUGAAUGUGGCAAUAGUUUUGGUCAGAACAGAUCCCUUUGGGUUCAUGGAAGAACUCACCCAGAAGAGAUGCCCUACAAAUGCUUCCAAUGUGGUAAAUCCUUUAAGAAAAAUGACAACUUAGUGAUACAUCUGAGGACUCACACAGGAAAUAAACUCUUUGAUUGUCCUGAUUGUGGAAAAAGUUUCAGUAAGAAUUCUAACCUGUUGAAACACCAAAGGACUCACACAGGAGAGAAACCGUUUAAAUGUCCUAUUUGUGGGAAAAUUUUCAGUCAAAAUUCCAGCCUGGUAAGUCAUCAAAGGGCUCACACUGGAGAGAAACCCUUUGAAUGUCCUGUUUGUGGGAAAGGUUUCAGUAAGAAUUCCAGCCUCGUAAGACAUCAGAGGACUCACACAGUUGAGAAACCCUUUGAAUGUCCUGAUUGUGAGAAAGGCUUCAGUAAGAAUUCUGACUUGGUGAACCAUCAGAGGACUCACACAGGAGAGAAACCCUUUAAAUGUCCUGUUUGUUGGAAAAGUUUUGGUCAGAAUUCUCGCCUGGUGAGCCAUCAGAGGACUCACACAGGAGAGAAACCCUUUGAAUGUCCGAUUUGUGGGGAAAGUUUCAGUCAGAAUUCCAACCUGGUGAAACAUCAAAGGACUCACACAGGAGAUAAACCCUUUAAAUGUCCUGUUUGCGGGAAACGUUUCAGUCAGAAUUACAACCUGGUGAGCCAUCAGAGGACUCACACAGGAGAGAAACCCUUUGAAUGUCCUGAUUGUGGGAAAAGUUUCAGUGAGAAUUCCAGCCUGGUGAAACACCAGAGGACUCACACAGGAGAGAAACCCUUUGAAUGUCCUGUUUGUGGGAAACGUUUCAUCAGAAUUCCAGCCUGGUGAGCCAUCAGAGGACUCACACAGGACAAAAGCCCUUUGAAUGUCCUUUGUGUAGAAAAUGUUUCAGUCAGAA